UCUAACCCAGACGGAGAGUAGCUGGUGUUUCUGAGAGGACGAUUCGCGAGGAGGGCCGUGGCGCGCUCCCCUUUGCUCUCCUUUGUGCGGGUCCUUCCCGUGCUCGAGCGGCGUCCAGAGCGUGGCCCAGUCUUGCGUACCUUGCCCGACUUUCGGCAGAGGUGCCUGUGGCGGCCAACAGUUGGCUGUCGAAAGUGCCGGCCCCCGUGCCGGCGCCGGCAGCAGCCGGGUGGGAAGGCUCAAGAUGGCGUGCCUGUUAGAGACCCCAAUCCGCAUGAGCGUCCUCUCGGAAGUAACAGCUAGCAGUCGCCACUAUGUUGACAGGCUAUUUGACCCUGAUCCCCAGAAAGUGCUACAAGGUGUCAUAGACAUGAAAAAUGCUGUAAUUGGAAACAACAAGCAGAAAGCCAACCUCAUUGUUUUAGGAGCUGUUCCAAGAUUGUUGUACUUGCUUCAGCAAGAAACCUCAAGCACAGAGCUGAAAACCGAAUGUGCAGUGGUAUUAGGAAGCCUUGCUAUGGGUACUGAAAACAAUGUCAAGUCUCUUCUGGACUGCCAUAUUAUCCCUGCCUUACUGCAAGGACUACUGUCCCCUGACCUGAAGUUCAUUGAAGCUUGCCUCCGAUGCCUGCGGACCAUCUUCACCAGUCCUGUCACUCCAGAGGAGCUACUGUAUACUGAUGCCACAGUGAUACCACACCUCAUGGCACUGCUUGGCAGGUCUCGCUACACCCAGGAGUACAUCUGUCAGAUCUUCUCACACUGCUGUAAAGGGCCAGAUCAUCAAACAAUUCUAUUUAAUCAUGGUGCAGUUCAGAAUAUUGCUCACCUACUAACCUCACUAUCCUACAAGGUUCGAAUGCAAGCACUGAAAUGCUUCUCCGUUUUAGCUUUUGAAAACCCCCAGGUAUCGAUGACCCUGGUGAAUGUUUUGGUUGAUGGAGAAUUAUUGCCACAGAUUUUUGUGAAGAUGUUACAGAGGGAUAAGCCUAUUGAGAUGCAGCUCACAUCGGCAAAAUGUUUAACUUACAUGUGUAGAGCAGGAGCAAUUCGGACAGAUGACAGCUGUAUUGUGUUAAAGACAUUGCCUUGUUUGGUUCGAAUGUGCAGUAAGGAGAGAUUGCUAGAGGAGAGAGUUGAAGGAGCUGAAACACUCGCCUAUCUGAUUGAGCCAGAUGUUGAGCUGCAGAGAAUCGCUAGCAUAACUGAUCACCUCAUUGCCAUGCUUGCUGAUUAUUUCAAGUAUCCCAGCUCAGUGAGUGCCAUCACUGACAUUAAAAGGCUUGAUCAUGACUUAAAACAUGCUCACGAACUCCGCCAGGCUGCAUUCAAGCUCUAUGCUUCUCUUGGAGCAAAUGAUGAAGACAUCCGGAAGAAGAUCAUUGAGACUGAAAAUAUGAUGGACCGAAUUGUGACUGGCUUGUCUGAGUCUAGUGUCAAGGUGCGGUUAGCUGCCGUCAGAUGUUUGCACAGUUUAUCCAGAUCUGUGCAGCAGCUUCGAACCAGUUUCCAGGAUCACGCUGUAUGGAAACCUUUAAUGAAGGUUUUACAAAAUGCACCUGAUGAAAUCCUUGUAGUAGCAUCUUCUAUGCUAUGUAAUCUUCUUCUUGAAUUUUCUCCAAGCAAAGAGCCAAUUUUAGAAUCAGGAGCCGUAGAGCUACUUUGUGGAUUAACCCAGAGUGAAAAUCCUGCUUUACGAGUGAAUGGAAUUUGGGCCUUAAUGAAUAUGGCAUUUCAGGCUGAACAAAAAAUAAAAGCAGAUAUUUUACGAAGCUUGAGUACUGAACAACUAUUCCGGUUAUUAUCAGAUUCAGAUUUGAAUGUGCUGAUGAAGACUUUGGGACUUCUUCGAAAUCUCCUGUCUACUCGGCCUCACAUAGAUAAAAUAAUGAGCACUCAUGGAAAGCAAAUUAUGCAAGCCGUCACCCUCAUUCUGGAAGGGGAGCAUAACAUUGAGGUCAAAGAGCAGACAUUGUGCAUACUAGCCAACAUAGCAGAUGGGACAACAGCAAAAGAGCUUAUUAUGACCAAUGAUGACAUCCUGCAGAAGAUCAAGUACUACAUGGGCCAUUCACAUGUCAAACUGCAGCUUGCCGCCAUGUUUUGUAUAUCAAACCUCAUAUGGAAUGAAGAGGAAGGUGAGAUUGGGUCACAAGAACGCCAGGACAAACUACGAGACAUGGGCAUCGUAGAUAUUCUGCACAAACUGAGUCAGUCACCAGACUCAAACCUUUGUGACAAGGCAAAGACGGCACUGCAGCAGUACCUGGCAUGAUGGGAGCGUCCCUGGGCACCUGCGAGCAUCCCACACCCUUGUUUAAGGAAGUACAGGAACUAGCCUCAGUUGAUUCCUUCUAUUUGCACAAGUCACCUUGGACUGCAGGGAGCUGUUUUGCAAAAGCAAUUUCAUAGGCUUAGAUCUCAAAUUCAUCUUGAGAACAUUUUUUGAGGUAGUAAUUUCCUCAGAGGACUGUUGUGUUUUGUUUUGUUUUGUUUUGUUUUUCUGAGCUACCUGGACUCUUUAUUAGAACAAUCAAUCAUUUUCCUUUGGACCUACAAUUUUUUGCCUAUGCUGCAGCCACUUUGUGAGUGAGAAUGAUUGUGUCUGUGUGGACACACAGGGGGUAUGUGUGUGAGUAUGUGUGUGUAUCAGAAUGAGUGGAUGUGUGUGAGGGAUACCUCAGAUUUUUCUUUUCUUAUUUUGUGUGAAAAUCUCUUUUCUACAGAUUUUCCAGGGUUUAAGCAUUGCUUGCUGUAUAAAAAAAACUUUACUGAAUUAUAUACAGUUUGAAUGAAAUGUUAUUUUAAAAACAAAACAAUUGUUUAGUGUUCCAUAAAGGUUAUGUUGAAUUUUGGUCAGAUGAAUAUUUGUAAGUAAAAAAUAUAUGCAUUUCUGAACCUCAACUUACAUAGAUUUUCUUUAUAAAAAAAAAAGAAAAAAAAAAGAAAAAGUUGGCUAUAGUUGGCCUGGAUAACAGGCGUUAUACAUGGUGCUGUGCAACAUAGUAAGCUAGCAUCUUACUGCCGUCAACAUUAGCAGGUACAGAGCCUUUUUUUUUUUCAGCCUAAUUCAAUAAGUUCUCAGGCUUCCGAGUCAGAAGGACAGAGUGGCGUGAAGUGAAGUGACAGAUUCUUCACCAUAGAUUUUCUGAGACAUCAAAGGGAACUAGCACUACUGAUAGUAGAAUUCAGCCAUGGCCCAAUGGCUCUGCUUGACAGGACGUGGGUGUGAGAGCCUCCCACCUGCCCUGACUCCCAUCUCUGGUGUCGAAGUCUCUGGCCGUGCUUAGAACCUACAGUGCUGGAGCCUUAGCGCUCAAACUGAAAGUAGGGCAUCGCUCCUGGAAACAAAGUGAGAGCACUUCGUGCUUCCUGAAACAGCACUAUCACUGUGAAACUAGAGAAUGUUCUACAGACAUACCUGUGGAAAGAAGAACAGCAUAGUUCAGAAAGCUGUUUUCUCUUAGCUGUUUUCAGCCAAUUCUCUUAGUCACUCGGGACUGCUGGUUGGUGUGCUUUUGUAAAAUGAGAUCGAGAUUUAAGUAAAAAUGUGGCUAAGAGGCUUUCCUGCAAGAAGCUGAACACUCACAUGGAGAGACAGGAAGGGAACCUCCCAGGAUGACUGCGAUGACUUCUUACAGUGAGUACUGCGUAGCCCUUCUGCGACCCUUAGCUUGGCACCUGCUCCGACUUCUGGGUCAGCUUCAAGGCGAACUCACCAAAGGUUCUUGACUGUGUGAAGGUAGAACCGGCCUUCCUCUUCCCUUUGCUAAAAGAAGGCCGAAGGCGUCACGGCCAGGAAGGGAGGGCUGCGGUCUAGAAGUUUGCAGUGAGUGUGUGUCAUUGACAGGGCCCCGGGCCCACCCACCAGCCACUCCUGAUGGGGCUGCUUGUGUCACAGCUGUCCUGUCACCAACCUGCAUAUUCCUCAGAAGAUUUAAAUAUGUUUGAUUGUGAAUGAAUGUUUUUAAAAUGUAUUUAAAUGCAGUUUUUCCUGUUUUCAAAAUGAUCACUCAAGAUUCAAACACAGAGUUUUCCAAGUUAUUUUUUCAGAACAUCACUGAUUUUAAAAUCUGUCGCAGCAGGGAGUUGGGUUUUGUGCAGAUGUGAGAGUGCUAAUGUGAGAAGACCAGUUUAAAAAGAAAAAAAAAACACCCUAGUUUAUUUGGAAUAAAGUGUUAUUUAGUGAGGCCCACUCAUUGUUGUUUCUAGUCCUGAGGAACUCCUCAUUUGGCAUUUGUAACUCAAAACACUAUAGAUAGAGUUGGCGUUUAGAAGUCCUGGUAAAUAUAAAGAAACCAAUAAUGAAUUGCUGAGACAAUCGAACUCAAAUAGCAUUAGAAAGCUGAAGGCCCAAUGACAUCACAGUUUCACACUUCAACUCUGUGGAUCAAUCUUGCCUGUGGGUAGAAACAGCAGUCAAAUAAAAAGUGCUUUACUCUAAUGAAUUUGAAGAGAAAUGUAUUUAUCAAAACAAAGCUGUUUGCUGCUUUACGCAGGUGCAGUGUUCAGUCAGCAAGGAAGGGGGAAGAAUGGGACACAGUCUUGUGUCUACACCCAAGUUCUUAACCGAGCUUCUCGCUGUCUCUAAUACUGCAUUCUGUUUCUCCUUUUGUGCCGAUUGUAACCCAAAAUUUAUGAACUAGAAAAGAAUGUCCAAUUUAAUAAGUUGCGUUUUUUUUUCCUAAGCACUUUAUUCAGAACAAUACAUGUUCUUCUGGUAGUGUUUGGAUAAUAUGAUUUUAACCCAUGCUAAUAAAAGCCAAGAGAAAU